CUGGGCAAGGCUUUUCUCUGCGUCUGGCUGAGCAAGCACGUCAGGUCAUCCUGAUUGUGCAGAGGAUGCGGACUUUGAACUGGUUAAGGUACAGAUUGCAUUAGUUUUCUUUCAAUGUGAUUUAUGGCUCUAAUCUUUCCCCCUCUCUCCGGCAGAAGGGUCAAAGUUUGAGGCUCCGAGUUGGGGUAAUUCGCUCUGCAUCUGGGCUACACUAUACGGACCGGUGUGACAUUGCCCCAGCCAGACUGAGGACAGCAGGAGGGGCUCCGCUACCCCUCGGCUGGGAGUGUCCGGGACCCGGGCGGGGAGCAGAGGGAGUCGGCGGUGGGACGGGACCAUGCAGGGCAAGAAGGAAGCAGUCGGAGAUUCGGUGCCAGGUAUAGGACCCCAGUCGGAGGCGGUGAGGAGGAUGCGGACCACCAGCCUGAUCGAGGCUCUCUGUGUGUUCCAGUGGGUUUUAACCUUCCUGGGGAUGGGAAUCUUUUGCACCCUUCUGACUGUGUACCUGCUCUUCACAUCUCUCUGGCCGGUGGCUGCCCUAUACCUUGCCUGGUUAACCGUGGACAGAAAUACCCCUGAAAGAGGAGGUAGAACUUCACAGUGGAUCAGAAACUGGAACAUAUGGAAGAGGAUGUGUGAUUAUUUUCCUGUGACGCUUGUGACUACAGCCAAGCUCAGCCCCAAGAAGAACUACAUCCUGGGCUACCAUCCCCACGGAAUUAUGAGCUUUGGAGCCUUCUGUAACUUCUGCACAGAGGCCACCCAGUUCUCCAGGGUUUUCCCCGGCAUCACUCCGCACUUGGCCACACUGAAAGGUCUCUUCCGCCUACCCAUCUACCGAGAUUACCUCAUGAGCUCAGGAGUGUGCCCAGUGAGCAGGUCAAGCCUCAGACACCGCCUGGAAGAGAGCGGGCCUGGUAACGCGGUGGUGAUCGUGGUGGGAGGCGCGGCGGAGUCGAUGACCGGCCGGCCGGGGAAGUGCACGGUCCUGCUGAAGAACAGGAAGGGCUUCGUCCGCCUGGCUCUGGAGCACGGGGCUGACCUAGUUCCUGUCUACUGCUUUGGAGAGAACGAUGUCUACGACCAGGUGCUUCUCGAUCCAGCCAGCUGGGGGCACCGGCUGCAGCGGCAGUUCCAGAAACUCGUAGGCUUCGCUCCCUGCUUGUUCAGGGGCCAGGGGCUCUUAUUCAGCCGCUCUUGGGGGUUGUUACCCUUCGCCAGACCCCUGACCACUGUAGUGGGUGAGCCCAUCGCCGUCAAGAGGACGGCCAACCCCUCGCAGGAGGAAGUGGAUCGGUACCACGUCCUGUACCAGGAGGCUCUGCUCAGGCUCUUUGACAAGCACAAGGUGCGGUGUGGACUGUCAGAGGGCACCAAAUUGACCAUCCAGUGAGGCUCCUCGCCCCCUUUGCCCCCUCCCCCUGUCCAACCAUGGCUGAGCGAGAGGAUCCAUCCCUAACCCCCACAUUCUUCAACCCACCGUCUCCCACAGGGACCAAGGAAGGACAAUCGCUUCACGGCUUCCCACUGGAGAGCUCCUCCAAUAGGGCCUGAAGCCCAGUUUAUCAACACCCACAGGGCCUGAGGUCUAGAUCAUCGCCCUCGGAGUCCCGAGGGCAGGACAAUCGUUUAACUGCCCACAGGGCCUGAGACCUUGUUCAGCAUCUCCCACAGGUCUGGGGUCCUGUUCACCUUCACAACAGGGCUCGAGUUGUAGAUCACCAUCACCCUCAGGGCCCGAGAGCAGGACAGUCGCUUCACUACUUCACUGCCCGCAGGACCUGUGGGUUAGUUCAUCAUCUCCUACAGGCCCUGAGGCCGAGGAAACCAUCUCCCAUAGGGCCUGAGGCCUGUUCACCAUCUCCCACAGGGCCUAGGGCCCAGAUCACUCUCUCCCACAGAGGCCGAGGCCCAGCUAACCAUCUCCCACAGGGCCUGACGCCUUCACCAACCCACCCAGCACCCAGAGGGUCUAAGGCCGGUGCCAGCUCCCACCACUCCCCACUUACCACCAGCAACUGCCUCUGACUUAUUCACCAAAGAGCCCGGUCGGUAGGGGAAUCUCCUUUGUCCUGCUCUGGAUUUUAAUUAAAGGAGAAUAUUGUUUUGUGUUCUGAGUAGCAGCAUCUUGCAUUCCAGGGCAGGGAGGGUGUGAGUGAGGUACAGCUUGCUCUGCACUGUCCCAUCACACACUCCCAGGGUCAGACACAGAGUGAAGCUCCCUCCACACUGUCCCAUCACACAUUCCCAGGGUCAGACACAGAGUGAAGCUCCCUCUGCACUGUCCCAUCACACACUCCCGGGGUCAGACACAUAGUGAAGCUCCCUCUACACCAUCCCAUCACACACUCCCAGGGUCAGACACAGAGUGAAACUCCCUCCACACCGUCCCAUCACACAUUCCCGGGGUCAGACACAGAGUGAAGCUCCCUCUGCACCGUCCCAUCACACACUCCCGGAGUCAGACAGGGAGUGAAGCUCCCUCCACAUUGUCCCAUCACACACUCCUGGGGUCAGAUACAGAGUGAAGCUCCCUCUGCACCGUCCCAUCACACAUUCCCAGGGUCAGACACAGUGAAGCUCCCUCUGCACCAUCCCAUCACACAUUCCCAGGGUCAGACACAGAGUGAAGCUCCCUCUGCACCGUCCCAUCACACACUCCUGGGGUCAGACACAGAGUGAAGCUCCCUCCACACCGUCCCAUCACAUCCUUCCAGGGCAUGGGUUAGGCACAGUAAAGAUCCCUCCACACUGUCUCAUCACGUACCCCAGGCACAGUGUAACCACACAAUGAAGAUAGAGAGUGAAGUUCAAUGUGUGCAGACAGAUUCUCACCAAUUUCACAUUAGAUUGUACAGACAGCUACAUCUGGAUAAAUUAUUGACCUCAGUGGUUACUUAUGUUUUUACAAUAAGACUGUAUUUGUAGGACUACCAGUUGUACUCAGGAAAAAUAAAUAGACUGCAUUACCGACAGUUAUGUUGAAGAAAAGACACUGGUGGACAGGAUUAAGCUUUCUCUACACUGCCCUGUCCCACAGUUCUGAGGCAGGGGUUUGACACAGAGUGAAGCUCCCUCCACACCAUCCCAUCACACUCCCAGGGUCAGACUCAGAGUGAAGCUCCCCCUACACUGUCCCAUCACACACUCCUAGGACAAGGAUAACACAGGCUUAGCUACAACAGGGUAACACUAAAAC